AUGUUCAUCUCAUCUCUGAUAGAAAACGUGAGUCAAGGAGGAGGUAUUGUCAGUUCCUCGGAGAAUGUCACUCUAUUCUCAUCAUCUUUUAUAAUUUUGAUGGGUGUUGUGGGUUAUGUCAUGUAUUUUCUGAAGGAUACUUUGGAGGAAUUUAUUAGAAGGUUAUUCUUUUUCAUGUUGGAUUUGUCGGAUGCUGAUCAGGAGUUUGUUUGGUUCUUUACCUUCUUUUCAUUCCAUCCCUAUACGAAUCAUGGUUCUUCACAUAUUAAACCAUAUCAAAAGAAGGCCAAUAAGGUGAAUGAUUAUGAUGAUGAUCCACUUGAAUAUGAUGGUUUUGAUUUGGGAAAGGAUGAGGAAUUUAAAAAGACCAAGUUUGUUCCUGCACCUGGCUAUCAUGUAAUUUACAUUGAGGGAAAGCCAUUAUUGAUUAAUAUGAUUAGUACCAUGCCAACUAAUGGAAAUAUUAUGAAAGCUAAGGAAAAUGUGGAAAUUUACAAGCCAAAGUAUGAUUUUAUUGAUGCCAUUUUGAGAAUGAUUGUCCCAUGCACUGAUGACAAUAAUUGUCCAGAUCCAUUGACUAUGGCCAAGAGAGCUGGUUUGAACACUUCAAGUUUCCUCUCACAAAGAUAUGAUGAGAAUGGAAAGGUCAUUGCUAAAACUCAAAAGAUUUCUUCCAGUAAUUAUUUCAAGGAAUUGAUGGCCAAUUGCUAUUAUAUCAAUACUCUUUAUAUGAAAUCCAAGACAACAAUUUAUACACAAAAUUAUGGUAGAUGGGCUGCUUCAUGUGUUAAACAUAAGAGAGAUAAGAAUUCUGUCAUUUUGGAUAAUGGUGUCUGGGAGAGUCUUUACACGGAUGUUGAACAAUUCUUGAAUAGCAGAGAUUGGUAUUUCGAUCAAGGUAUUCCAUACAGAAGAGGUUAUUUAUUAUAUGGACCACCAGGUACAGGUAAAUCAAGUACUAUUGGAUCUAUUGCAGCAGCUUUCAAUAUGAAUAUUUGUGUUGUCAAUUUGGCUUCUAAGGAAUUGAGUGAUGAAGACCUUAAUGCAAUGUUCAGUAGUGCUCCAUUGGAUGCCUUGAUUGUUCUUGAAGAUAUUGAUUCUUCCUUCAUGAAUUCUACUGUUGAGGAGAAGAAACCUUCCAAGAAGGAAGAUGGAGAAGAAAAGGAAGAUGAAGAGCCAUCAGAAAUCAGUAAUGUCAUUCAAACCAAAUCUCAAGUUACUUUCAAAUCAAGAAUGAUUUUCAUGACAACUAAUUACAAGGAUAAGCUUCCACCUGCACUUAUUAGAAAUGGUAGAAUUGACAAGAAGAUUUUCAUUGGAUAUGCCACAGAACAUCAAGUCAAGGCCUAUGUUAAAAAGUUCUACGAAAAGGAUAAUCUUUCAGAGGAGGAAUUCUCAACUUUAAUUGAACAAUUCUGGAAUAAGAUCAAGAACAUGUCCAUCUGUAUGGCUCAAUUGCAAGGUUUCUUAUUACUCUAUAGACAUUCUCUUAAGGAUCUCGUCAAUGCUGCUGAUGAAUUUGAAAAAUUCACCAAAGAUGAAAUUUAA